AUGACGGCGCCGCGCGGUGGCGGGGACGAGCCGCCGCCGCCGCCGCCGUCGUCGGCUGCGGCGGGGCACGCCGCGGGGAACGAGCCGGUGACGCCCACGUCCGCGCUCGGGUCGGGGCUCAACCGCCGCGGGUCGAGGGGUGCGGGCAUGGCCACCUUCUCCAUGGAGGUCUUCGACAACGAAGUCGUCCCAUCCACGCUCAACAGCAUCGCGCCCAUCCUGCGUGUCGCGGCCGAGAUCGAGCACGAGCGCCCCCGGGUCGCCUACCUCUGUCGGUUCUAUGCCUUCGAGAAGGCGCACCGGCUGGAUCAAAACUCCAUCGGCCGUGGCGUUAGGCAGUUCAAGACAGCUCUGCUCCAACGUCUUGAGAAGGAUAAUAGCCCUAGUCUUGCUAAGCGUGUGAAGAAAAGCGAUGCUCGCGAGAUUGAGAGUUUUUACCAACAGUACUACGAGAACUAUGUUCGUGCACUUGACAAAGGGGAACAAGCUGACAGGGCUCAACUUGGGAAGGCCUACCAGACCGCUGGAGUCCUCUUCGAGGUACUCUGCGCCGUCAAUAAAAAUGAGAAAGUCGAGGAGCUCAAUCCUGAGAUUAUUCGCUUGCACAAGGAUGUGCAAGAGAAGAAAGACAUCUACACACCAUUCAAUAUCCUCCCCCUUGAUGCCGCCAGUGCAUCCCAGUCCAUCAUGCAGCUGGAGGAGAUCAAAGCAGCAGUUGCAGCCCUGCGGAACAUACGGGGCUUGACCUGGCCUUCAACAUUCGAGCCGCAGAGGCAGAAGGGUGGCGAUCUUGAUUUGUUGGAUUGGUUGAGAGCUAUGUUUGGCUUUCAGCGAGAUAGUGUGCGGAAUCAAAGAGAGCAUUUGAUUCUCCUCCUUGCUAAUGUCCACAUUAGGCUCGAGCCAAAGCCCGAUCCACUCAGCAAGCUUGAUGACCGAGCUGUUGAUGUGGUCAUGACUAAGCUAUUCAACAAUUACAGGAAGUGGUGCAAAUUUUUGUCACGGAAGCAUAGUUUAAGAUUUCCUCAAGGCGCACAACCACAGGAAAUUCAGCAGCGGAAGAUUCUAUACCUAGGUCUUUAUCUUCUUAUAUGGGGUGAAGCAGCAAAUAUCAGAUUUAUGCCGGAGUGUCUUUGCUACAUCUUCCAUAAUAUGGCAUAUGAGCUGCAUGGUCUGCUAGCUGGAAAUGUUAGUAUUGUGACUGGGGAGAAUAUCAGGCCAUCUUAUGGUGGGGAUGAGGAGGCAUUCUUGAAGAAAGUAGUUACGCCUUUCUAUAGAGUCAUCAGAAAGGAGGCAGGCAAAUCACAACAUGGGAAGACGCCACAUUCUGCGUGGUCUAACUAUGAUGAUCUAAAUGAGUACUUCUGGACAUCUGAUUGCUUCUCACUUGGGUGGCCUAUGCGGGAUGAUGGUGACUUUUUCAAAUCCGUGCAUGACUCAAGGCCUGUAACAACGGCUGGAAGCUCACCACAAAAGGAUUCCACGAAAAGUACGGGGAAGACAAAUUUUGUUGAGACUAGAACAUUUUGGCACAUCUUCCGAAGUUUUGACCGAAUGUGGACUUUCUACAUUUUGGCUCUACAGGCAAUGCUGAUUUUUGCCUGGAAUGAUUAUUCAGUGACCGAAAUCCUUCGGAAAGACCUUUUGUAUUCUCUAUCUAGUGUAUUCGUCACUGCAGCAUUUCUACAGUUCCUCCAAAGCAUUUUGGACUUAAUUCUGAACUUUCCUGGCAGUCAUAGAUGCAAGUUCGUUGACAUCUUGAGAAGUAUUCUGAAGAUGAUAGUUAGUGCCGUGUGGGCUGUGGUUCUUCCAUUUUUCUACAUUAGCACAGCAUCUAAAGUCAACUUAUUACCACUCAAGGAUUUAAAUAAAUAUCUCCGUUAUGUCAAAGGGGUGCCACCUCUAUAUAUCCUGGCUGUGGCAGUGUACCUAAUACCUAAUAUCCUUAGUGCAGCACUCUUCCUGUUUCCAAUGUUCCGAAGGUGGAUAGAAAAUUCAGACUGGCAUAUUGUUAGACUGCUUUUGUGGUGGUCUCAGAAACGAAUUUACGUUGGCCGUGGAAUGCACGAAAGCCAAGUUUCACUUUUUAAGUAUACAUUUUUUUGGAUUUUGCUGUUAUGCUCCAAAUUUUCGUUCAGCUACUUUGUCCAGAUUCAACCUCUGAUAAAACCAACAAAGGACGUAAUGGGUGUUCAUAAUAUUCGUUAUGAGUGGCAUGAAUUUUUUCCAAAUGCAUCCUAUAAUAUUGGUGCCAUUAUGUCGCUCUGGGCUCCUGUUCUACUUGUCUAUUUGAUGGAUACACAGAUUUGGUACGCCAUCUUCUCUACAAUAUUUGGUGGCAUGACUGGAGCACUUGGGCGACUUGGGGAGAUACGAACAUUGGGAAUGCUGAGAUCACGAUUCCAUUCUUUGCCUGGAGCCUUCAACACGUAUUUGGUGCCUUCAGAUAAAAGCAGAAACAGGCGCUUUUCACUCUCAAAGCGCUUUGCUGAGGUUUCUCCCAACAAGAGAACUGAGGCCGCCAAAUUUGCUCAAUUGUGGAAUGAAGUAAUAUGCAGUUUCCGGGAAGAAGAUCUUAUAAGUGAUAGGGAGAUGGACUUGUUAGUGGUUCCUUAUUCGUCAGACCCCAGCCUCAAAUUGAUGCAGUGGCCGCUGUUCUUGCUUGCUAGCAAGAUACCUAUAGCUUUAGACAUGGCAGCACAAUUUAGACCUAGAGAUUCAGAUCUUUGGAAACGUAUAUGUGCUGAUGAGUACAUGAAAUGUGCUGUACUGGAAUGUUAUGAGUCAUUCAAACUUGUUCUUAAUUUAUUGGUGGUUGGAGAAAAUGAAAAAAGGAUUAUUGGUAUUAUAAUCAAAGAAAUAGAAGCUAAUAUUGGAAAGAAUACGUUCCUUGCCAACUUUAGAAUGAGCGCACUCCCAGUUCUUUGCAAGAAAUUUGUAGAGCUUGUAUCUACCUUGAAAGAAAGAGAUGCCUCAAAGUUUGAUAAUGUGGUGCUGUUGCUUCAAGACAUGUUAGAAGUGAUAACAAGAGAUAUGAUGGUUAAUGAGAUUAGAGAGCUGGCUGAGUUUGGUCAUGGUAACAAGGAUUCAGUUCCGAGAAGACAGCUUUUUGCGGGUUCUGAUGAAUGGAACAAUUUCAUGGAAAGAAUUAAUUGCAAAAGAGAAAGUGAAGUAUGGGGAAACGAGGAAAAUGUCCUACAACUUCGUCAUUGGGCUUCUCUUAGAGGGCAGACACUCUGUAGAACAGUUAGAGGCAUGAUGUACUAUAGGAGGGCUUUGAAGCUUCAAGCGUUCCUUGACAUGGCUUCUGAAUCUGAGAUAUUGGAAGGGUAUAAAGCAGUUGCAGAUCCAGCAGAGGAGGAGAAGAAAAGCCAAAGAUCUUUGUCCUCUCAACUCGAGGCUGUAGCAGACAUGAAAUUUACAUAUGUUGCUACUUGCCAGAUAUAUGGAAAUCAGAAACAAUCUGGUGAUCGACGUGCAACAGAUAUCUUGAACUUGAUGGUGAAUUACCCUGGUCUGCGUGUGGCAUACAUUGAUGAAGUAGAAGAGAGAGAAGGUGACAAGGUGCAGAAGGUCUUUUAUUCAGUUCUAGUAAAAGCUCUCGACAAUCAUGAUCAGGAAAUAUACCGUAUAAAACUGCCAGGACCAGCAAAAUUAGGUGAAGGCAAACCAGAAAAUCAAAAUCAUGCAAUCAUUUUUACACGGGGUGAAGCACUCCAAACUAUUGAUAUGAAUCAGGACAACUAUUUGGAGGAGGCUUUCAAAAUGCGAAAUUUGCUGGAAGAGUUUAAUGAAAACCAUGGUGUCCGUCAACCCACGAUUCUUGGAGUGCGUGAGCAUAUAUUUACUGGAGGUGUGUCGUCACUUGCAUGGUUUAUGAGCAACCAGGAAACCAGCUUUGUGACAAUAGGACAGAGGGUCCUAGCUAAUCCAUUGAAGGUACGUUUUCACUAUGGACAUCCUGAUGUGUUCGAUAGGAUUUUUCAUAUUACCAGAGGAGGCAUCAGCAAGGCUUCUUGUGGUAUAAAUUUAAGUGAAGACAUUUUUGCUGGUUUCAACUCGACUCUAAGAAGAGGAAAUGUCACCCAUCAUGAGUACAUCCAAGUGGGAAAAGGGCGUGAUGUAGGUCUCAAUCAAAUUUCUCUCUUUGAGGCCAAAGUGGCUUGCGGAAAUGGGGAGCAGAUACUCAGCAGAGAUAUCUACAGGCUUGGUCAUCGAUUUGACUUCUUCCGGAUGCUUUCGUGCUAUUUUACAACUGUUGGGUUUUAUAUUAGCUCAAUGAUGGUUGUGAUAAUAGUUUAUGUUUUCUUGUACGGAAGACUGUACUUAGCAUUAAGUGGACUGGAGUUUGCAAUUAUGAAACAAGCACGGAUGAGAGGGAACCGUGCACUUCAAGCGGCUAUGGGAUCUCAGUCUAUUGUGCAGCUAGGUCUUUUGAUGGCAUUGCCAAUGUUUAUGGAGAUUGGGCUAGAAAGAGGUUUCAGAAGUGCCCUAGGGGAUUUCAUAAUCAUGCAACUUCAGCUUUGUUCAGUGUUCUUCACUUUCUCCCUUGGGACCAAGUCACAUUAUUUUGGCCGCACAAUUCUCCAUGGCGGUGCAAAAUAUAGGGCAACCGGCAGAGGCUUUGUUGUUCGCCAUGUAAGGUUUGCUGAGAAUUACAGAAUGUACUCCAGAAGCCAUUUUGUGAAAGCACUUGAGCUGAUGUUACUGCUAGUAGUCUAUGAGUUGUAUGGCGAUGUUGCUACAGAUUCGACUGCCUAUAUACUUCUGACAUCAUCCAUGUGGUUCUUGGUCAUAACUUGGCUAUUCGCUCCAUUCCUCUUCAAUCCAUCAGGUUUUGAGUGGCAGAAAAUAGUAGAUGACUGGGAUGACUGGACCAAAUGGAUUAGCAGUCGAGGUGGCAUUGGGGUUCCUGCUAACAAGGCUUGGGAAUCCUGGUGGGAAGAGGAGCAAGAACAUUUACAGUCCACAGGUCUACUGGGCCGUUUCUGGGAAAUCAUACUAUCUCUCAGAUUCUUCAUAUUCCAAUACGGUAUCAUGUACCAUCUGAAUAUAUCUGCUGGCAACAAAAGCAUCUCUGUUUACGGUCUUUCUUGGCUGGUUAUUGUUGCUGUGGUGAUGGUCCUAAAGGUGGUAUCCAUGGGUAGGAAGAAAUUUAGUGCGGAUUUCCAGCUUAUGUUCCGGCUUCUCAAAUUGUUCUUGUUCAUCGGAUCUGUUGGAACACUGGCAGUUCUUUUCACUGUUCUGCAUCUUACAGUCGGUGACAUAUUCGCAAGCUUCCUUGCAUUUGCACCCACAGGAUGGGCCAUUCUGCAGAUAUCUCAAGCAAGUAAACCGGUGAUCAAGGCAUGUGGGCUGUGGGGAUCUGUGAAGGCCCUCUCGAGGGGGUUAGACAAGGGAGUAGCUCCAGGAUUGUUGUACAUGGGUGUUGGAGGAAUACUUUUUUUUCGAGAACGGCCCCCUCCGACUCGUGUUUCAUUAAGAGGAGUUCACGGCGUGGAGUACGCGUACGGGGCGCACGACGCCGCGAGCAGCGGGAUCUUCGAGGUGGUGCCGCGUCGGUGCCCGGGUUACACGUUCCGGGAGUCGGUGCUGGUGGGCACGACGGAGCUGGGCCGCGCCGAGGUGCGCGCGCUCAUGUCCGACCUCGCCGCCGAGUUCCCCGGGGACGCCUACAACCUGGUGUCCCGCAACUGCAACCACUUCUGCGACGCCGCGUGCCGCCGCCUCGUCGCCGGGCGCGCGCGCAUCCCGCGCUGGGUCAACCGCCUCGCCAAGAUCGGGGUCGUCUUCACCUGUGUCAUCCCGGGCAACGGCCGCGCCGUCGUGCGCGGCCGCAGGGGCGCCGAGUCGUGCCCAUCCUCCGCCGCCGCCGCCGGGAAGGGCGGCGGCGUCCGUAGCCGGUCCGCGCCGCCGCGCCCGAGGACGACGUUCUUCCGGUCCCUCUCCGUGGGCCGGCGCAAGAACGUGACCAUGCCCCGGCCGCUGUCCGCCUCCCCACCGCCGCCGCCGCCGCUGGCAGACGCCUCGACGUCAACGUCGUCGGGGUCCACCACGUAA